UGACGUAGGCAUGCAGUAGGAAAAUAGAAAGUAUCCGGAGUUAUCCGGGGUUUUUAUUCCGAAAGGGAGAGCAAGUUACUGAUCUGACCGAUAAUUGAAGGGUGCCUAUCUGUAGAGGUAGUGGUGAACUGCCUUGAAGAUCAUCAUGAGUGCCAACAAUGAGCAAAAGCUGAGGGACUUGCUCCUUCAAAGAGCAAUGGAACUACAAAAGUUCAAGUCGGACCUGGAAAGAGUAACAAAAAUAAACAAAGAGCAACAAAAUGAGAUAGCUGCUAAGAAUGAACAGAUCAGUACACUGGAAGGGGAACUUAAGAAGAAGCAGAAGGAACUUGAGAUUCAGAAGCAACGUGUGACUGAAUUAACAGAAAUCAUGGACCGUCAAGUACGAGAUAAGAGCAGGCCUGUUGAACACAGACAAGGUAUAUCUGCUGAGCCCACUAAAGCACUUAAGAUUACCCAACUCCCACGCUAUGAGAAAGACCAAAGGUCAAAGGAACUCAUUUUUCGUGCUAUUACAGCUAAUGACUUUUUGAAGAAUUUGGAGAAAGUGCAGACAACUGAAAUUGUUGAGUGCAUGUUUCCUCUUGACUUCAAGCAAGAUCAGUUUAUUUGUCGUGAAGGAGCUGUGGGGACUGAGCUAUAUGUCAUUGCAGAGGGAGAAGUUCAAGUGACUAAGGGUGGUCAAGUCAGGACUGAAAUGGGCCCAGGAAAGCUUUUUGGAGAGUUAGCAAUUUUGUACAACUGUACAAGGACUGCUACCAUUAAAGCAAAAGUUGACACAAAGGUAUGGGCCUUGGACCGAAGUUGCUUUCAAACCAUCAUGAUGAAUCAUGGUAUUAUUCGUCAGUCAGAAUAUCUUAGCUUCCUUAGAAGUGUUCCUGAAUUGAGGAUGCUGAAUGAGAGAGAUUUGAUGAAACUGGCUGAUGUCCUUCAAGAGGACUUUUAUCCUCAAGGUGAAUACAUUAUACGUCAGAGACAAACAGGAGAAACAUUCUUUAUUAUUAGUGAUGGAACAGUUAAGAUCACUAAACAAGCUUCACCUGAUGCGCCUGAAGAAACUAUUAGGGAAUUAGGGCGUGGAGACUAUUUUGGAGAAAAGGCAUUAUUGGGGGAUAAAUACCGUACAGCUAGUGUUAUUGCUACCAGCAACGUUUGUUGUCUUUGUGUUGAUAGAGAUCACUUUACUCAACUGAUUGGAAAUCUGGUGGAGCGAACAUACAAAGAUAGUGAAGAGAAGAAGCUUGAGGGUGUGUUGAUUGAAGAUGAAGAUACUAAGGAAUAUUCAAUGAUGACUCUUGAUGAUCUUGUUAGAGUAGAGACUCUUGGGAUGGGUGGAUUUGGAAGAGUGGAAUUGGUUCAACUGAAGACUGAUAGCACUCGUACUUUUGCUUUGAAGUGCCUUCGUAAGAAGCACAUUGUUGACACACGACAGCAAGAGCACAUCUUUUCAGAGAAGUCUAUCAUGUUGUCCGGCCGUUCUCCAUUCAUAACAAGGCUGUAUAAAACAUUCCGCUGUCCUAAGUAUCUCUACAUGUUGCUUGAAGUUUGUCUUGGAGGGGAACUCUGGACUAUUCUGAGGGACAGGGGAAGCUUUGAUGAUGCUACAACAAGGUUCUGUACUGCAUGUGUUGUUGAGGCAUUCCAAUAUUUACACUCAAGGGAGAUUGUCUACCGUGAUCUCAAACCAGAGAAUCUGUUGCUUGAUAAUGCUGGCUAUGUUAAAUUGGUUGACUUUGGUUUUGCCAAGUAUAUUGGUCCUGGGCGUAAGACAUGGACUUUUUGUGGAACACCUGAGUAUGUUGCCCCCGAGAUCAUUCUGAACAAAGGUCAUGAUUUGUCUGCUGAUUAUUGGUCCCUUGGGAUAUUGAUGUAUGAGUUGUUAACAGGAAGUCCUCCUUUCUCUGGUGCUGAUCCAAUGCGUACAUACAAUAUCAUUCUGAAGGGUAUUGAUGUGGUUGAUUUUCCUAAGAAAAUCACCCGCAGUGCUCAGAACCUCAUUAAGAAACUGUGCAGGGACAACCCUGCAGAGCGUCUGGGUUACUUAAGAAAUGGUCUUAAUGAUAUUAAAGGCCACAGGUGGUUUCAAGGAUUUGAUUGGGAAGGAUUGAAGAAGAGGGUUGUUGUGCCACCAAUUGUUCCAAAUGUUAGGGGAGCUACCGACACAUCCAACUUUGACCAUUUCCCAGCUAGUCAAGAAGACAUACCUCCUGAUGACCUCUCUGGUUGGGAUAAAGACUUUGGAGAGAUCCAGCGUACACCAGCCUGGUGUCUUCGUGGAUACUAACAUUACUGACGUAUUGUCUCACAUUAUUUUUCCUUAGUAUGGCCAAUUCAAUACA